AUGGAUGAAGAAAUUUUAAAAACUUUAACUGAAAGGGAGUUAAAAAAAAUAAUUUUAAAUGAAGCUAAAAACAUAUUAUCUCAAAGAAAAUUCACCAAAAAUGAAAAAGAUGAAAUCUUUCAAAAUAACAAAAUAACAGAAAACUUUGAUAACAAACAAAACGAGGAAAAAUCUGGAGAUAAGCCAGGAUGUGAUGAAAGCGAACUUAUAACAUAUCAAAAAAAAGAAUACUCAGAAAAUAAAAAUAAUAAUUUUUUUAAUUUGCAAGAUUUUUCACUUAAAUAUUCCAAAACGUGUGAAAUAAACAAUCUCAAUUAUGAAAAUGUUGAAUAUGAGUUGAUAAUAUCCUUUAUAAAUACAUUUAAUAAUGAACUAAAAUAUCAAUUAAAAUUAAAUAAUAUUAAUAAACAUGAGGAUAAAGAAAAUAGUAUUAUUCAUAAAAUGGUUAACAUAUUUAUGGACAAACUUAUUUUUUAUUGCACACAUCCAAUAAUUUGUUUAUCACAAAAUAAUAAUAAUAAUAACAGUUUAUUUGAUAAAGAAAUAACUACCCAUAUUGAAAUUUUUUUUAAACAAAUAGAACAAAAUAAUGAUACAGAUAUCUUAUUUAAAAAUUGCUUGAAUCAAAUACUAAAAAAUAUUUUUAAUUUCAAACCCAAUCCUGAUGAUAUGGCUAAUUGGAUCUCCAGACAAGCCUUUGUUGAUCUUAUUAAAAUUAUAAUUGAAGAAAAUAUAAAAAGGAAUGAAUUAUGUAUUAUAUAUGCAACUGAUUUAAUAAAAAAAAAUUAUAAAAAUUUAGAUUUUUUUCAAGUCGAUAAUGUUGUUGUUCUAAUAGAAAUAAUUCAGUAUGCUAUAAUUUUUUUAGUUGAAAAAAAAUACAAUAUGAAAAAUUUUUCAUUUAAAGACGAAAAAUGGUUUGAACAUUUUGGAGACCUAUUACAAUUAUUAAAAAAUAGUGAAUGGAAAAUUUUUUUAAAUCAAUUAAUUGUAAUAGAAACCUUUCUUUAUGACAAAAAAAGAGAAAAUGUUAAAAAAGCAUUUAAUGAGUUAUAUAAGCACAAGAUUGAAGCUGCAUCUAUUAAAAACAGCUCCUACUCAAAAUGGUUCAAAAUAGAGAUGCCAUUAUCAAUAAGUUUAUUCAAAUAA